GCAAUGUCUUAUCUGUCGCAAUCUCUUAGCGCGCUUGCGAUGUCGGGUUGCCUGGCACCUGUGGCGGUCGUGUUGACUUCAUCAUCCCAACCUCCUAUCUCUCAUUCAUUUCAAACCCGACUUACCGCUCUUUUACCCGGCCAACAUCUCAAGCGAAAACCCCGUCUUCUACUUUACUCCCUCACUUAGGCGACUACGAAUUCCAACCAAUUUAACAGUUAACCAUGACGCGACACACAUCUGAUUACCUGCGCCAGCGCACCUCCAACCUGUCUCUCCGAAGCGAGGCGGCAACAAAUGCUUUAAGCACAUCUCGGCUGUCAAGCUUCGCCAACCCUUCCGAAUUCGAAAAUGAGUCAACUAUAUCCGAUGCUCUAAAGGCAUUUGUCGUCGGUGACCUAGCUCGCAGCGGGUCCGUGUCCCUUUGCGAUUCUUGCCUACGAGAUAUACCCAAAGAAAAGCGAGCCGGUACGAAUAUCAUAAUCGAAAGCGACACGCAACAAUGUUCUGCGUGCGAUGUCUUGGCAUCAAAGCCCGAGGCUUUCACCGAGCCCUUCUGCAAGUUUCUUCAGGAGAAUCCUACUGUAUUCCAUUCCGUCGGUUACUUCAAAGACAAAUUGAAUGCUCUUGACUAUAAGGAGCUUCCCGCACGGGAUGACUGGUCUGGGAAGCUCAAGGCUGGUGGCAAGUAUUACGUGACUCGAAACGGCACCUCCCUUAUUGGAUUCACGGUUGGAAAGGCCUACAAGCCCGGUAAUGGUGUAGCCAUCAUUGCGGGUCACAUCGACGCUUUAACCGCAAAACUAAAGCCCGUCAGCAACAAGCCGACCAAAGCUGGGUAUAUCCAACUGGGAGUCGCUCCGUACGCGGGUGGUCUAAAUGAAACCUGGUGGGAUCGGGAUCUUAGUAUCGGAGGUCGAGUUAUCGUACGGGACGAGUCUGGCAAGACCUCAAGCCGGCUCGUUCAACUUGAUUGGCCUAUUGCUCGUAUACCAACACUUGCUCCCCAUUUUGGUGUGGGUAUGCUGGGCCAACAAAACAAGGAGACGGAAGCAGUCCCAAUUAUUGGACUUGACAAUUCUGAUAUCUCCCCAAACGCUAAACCAGUUGAACCUCUGGGUCCGGCUGGAUCGUUUGUUGCUACCCAGCCACCGAGGCUCGUCCAGCUGAUUUCAGAAAAGUUAGGCAUUAAAGACCACUCUCAAAUUGUGAAUUGGGAGUUGGAGCUUUUCGAUCUCCAACCCGCAACUGUGGGUGGGUUGGAUAAAGAGUUCAUUUUUGCUGGUCGCAUUGAUGAUAAGUUAUGUUCUUGGGCGGCAUUCCAAGGCCUGCUGGCUUCGGAGGCAAACGACGACGACGGUGUUAUAAAACUGGUCGCGCUCUUUGAUGAUGAAGAGAUUGGUUCUCUUUUACGCCAAGGUGCGAGGGGCAAUUUCCUCCCGUCUGUAAUUGAGAGAGCGGUUGAGUCGCUAUGCGGAGAGGAUAAGGCAUUUGGGCCUGGUGUUCUAGGUCAAACGUACGCGCAGUCAUUCCUCGUGUCGGCCGAUGUCACCCACGCCGUAAACCCCAACUUUUUAUCCCGCUACCUGGACGGACAUGCACCUCGUCUCAACGUUGGAAUUACCAUUGCCGCAGACAGCAAUGGUCACAUGACUACGGAUUCGGUAUCGACUGCAAUUCUCACCAGAGUUGCUGAGUUAAGCGACUGUACACCGCAAGUCUUCCAGAUCCGUAAUGACUCUCGAAGUGGUGGCACAGUUGGACCUAUGUUAAGUAGUGCGAUGGGUAUUAAGGCCGCGGAUGCUGGAAUGGCCCAGCUUAGCAUGCAUUCUAUCCGUGCAACAUGUGGCUCUCUAGAUCCAGGUCUGGGUGUUAAAUUCUUUAAAGGAUUCCUUGACAAGUGGGAGAAGGUCGAUGCCGAAUGGCAGUGAAGCGAGCUGCACAUAUGAUUUGAUAUCAAGGUCAAGUCAUGUACAUCUAGAUGUAUCAAUAUCCACCCAGUUUAGACGAUAUUAAUUAGAUUUUAGAAUCACUAGCAUUCAGUAAUUUAAAGCUAAGCGUUUCUAGUAA